AUGGCUCGAGCACGAGGCUGCACACCUCAGGCGUGCAGCUUCCGCGACGAGAUGGCCAAACUACGCGACCUCGGCGCACAGCGUGUAUUUGGAUUGUCGACUCAGGACACUGCCUACCAAAAAGAGGCCAAGGACCGGCUGCAUUUACCCUACGAACUGCUUUCGGACGAGAACCUACACUUUGCCAAUGCCCUGAAACUACCCACUUUCAAAUGGCAAGAUAAGACACUGAUCAAAAGAUGCGCCCUCGCGAUCGAAGACGCAGUCAUCGUCAAAGUCUGGUACCCUGUUUUCCCUCCCGACAGCAGCGCGAAAGACGUAGUGGGAUGGCUUGCAGGCAGAAAAUAG